AUGCGAUUCAAUCUGACUAGAUUCAUCCAUAAGCGCGCUGUAUUCUCAAACAGCGAUAUUGGCGUGUCAUCUAAACUUCAAGAGUUCCUUCGGGGUGAUGUUUCUCUCUUCAAUAACCUGAUCCCAUACACCACCAUCCGAUCUGCUACUUUCUUCGUUUGGUGCCGUCCCAUGUCAACGACAGGUGGAACAUGGCGGAAGCAAUCCCUGCCUCCCCCUCCAAGGUCAGAGGUCUCUAUUCUCCCUUCACAGAUCUGCAGAUCCAUUCAUGUCAUGGCCUCGCUACAAUCCCUCACAUUGGAGUUGCGGCGGUUCGGCCCAGAGCAGGGAGAGUGCUUCUGCCAGUCGAUCCAAAACGUGCAAAUCUCUGUUCUAUAUCUGCGAGUCAACGGAGCCUUACCCAUCAUAAAAAACAUUCUCAAGCAAUGCUCUCGGCUAGAGGCUCUCCAUGUCUCACGCAGGAUCUGCUCGGAUGAUUUUAACAACAUUAUGGCUGAGGUCGGAUCUCCGGGGGAAAUCCAACGCUUGGCAAUUGUCCUAACUGUCGAUCCCCAUACCACUGGGGUUCGAGUUCCAUCCUUACGCUGUGAUGUUAUUAGUAAAAUCACACAUAAGUUCGGGAAUCUGACCGAGCUUAUUCUCCAUGAAGCCACCUUGCAUUACGAGCCAUUUGUUAUCUUUCACCCAACCGAAGAAGUCCGGCGUGCAGCAUUUAGGGCUGCCCUCGGCAGGGCUAUUAGAAAGAUACGGAGUCUAAGAAACCUCAAGCGGUUGGCCAUAACCAUCUGGAGAAAGGCAGUUCGAAGCCUUUAUCCCAGAGUCCCACUUCAAGAAAUGGACCGAAAGAACCACAAGUUCUACAAAUCAUGCAUCUCUGCCAUUGGAAGCAAGAUGCCUUGGCUCGAUCAGAUGGCUAUCCUCACUGAGUUUCCCAUUUAUUGGGAUGGCCAUCGCAGAGAUCCAGAUGGCAUGCAUGUCAGCCGAAAGCGCCUCGAUGAGAAUCAUGACUUCUUCCCAGCGACGGUGACUAAGGGAUAUUGA